AAUCCGGGGAAAAUGUCGUGAAGCGCGGUCGGCGGGGCCUGCGGUGGAGAGAGUGACCGGGCCCGGCUCACCGCACUUAUAUGCCCCGUCCCCCGGCGGCUGCCUCUCCCUCCUGCUCCAUGUGGGGCCCGGGCCGGGCUCUCGGCCUCUUCUCCUCUUCCUCCUCCUUCUACUAUGGCUCGGAAAACAGUUAGCAGGAAGCGGAAAGCGGCGGCGGCUGCCGCCGCGGGGCCCGGGGGGCUCCAGGGAGAGCAGUAUGGCUGGGAUCACUCUGUUCACAAAAGGAAAAGACUCCCUCCGGUGAAAAGGUCUCUGGUGUACUACCUGAAAGGUAGAGAAGUCAGGAUGCAGAAUGAGUCCAGCUAUCACCGCUUGUUGCACGGAUAUGCAGCCCAGCAGCUUCCCAGCCUCCUGAAGGAGAGAGAAUUUAACCUCGGAACUCUUAACAAAGUGUUUGCUUCCCAGUGGCUGAACCACCGACAAGUGGUGUGUGGGACAAAAUGCAACACACUAUUUGUAGUUGAUGUCCAGACUGGUCAAAUUACCAAGAUUCCUAUUCUGAAAGAUCGUGAACCUGGCAUGGUGAACCAGCAGGGAUGUGGUAUUCAUGCCAUUGAGCUCAACCCCUCGAGGACCCUUCUAGCUACAGGUGGAGACAACCCCAACAGUCUUGCAGUUUAUCGUCUGCCUACACUCGAUCCUGUCUGCGUGGGAGAUGAUGGACAUAAGGAUUGGAUAUUUUCAAUUGCGUGGAUCAGUGAUACUAUGGCUGUUUCUGGUUCCCGGGAUGGUUCGAUGGGUCUCUGGGAAGUCACGGAGGAUGUGUUGUCCAAAAGCGAUGCCAGGCAUAAUCUCUCCCAAGUUCCUGUCUAUGCCCACAUAACACACAGCGUUCUGAAGGAUAUCCCCAAGGAGAACACCAAUCCUGACAACUGCAAAGUCCGAGCACUGGCUUUCAACAAUAAGAACAAGGAGCUGGGAGCUGUGUCCCUGGAUGGGUAUUUUCAUCUUUGGAAAGCAGAGCACACACUAUCAAAGUUACUUUCCACAAAGUUGCCAUACUGCAGGGAGAAUGUGUGUUUGGCUUACGGUCAGGAGUGGUCAGUCUAUGCAGUAGGAUCACAGGCACACGUCUCCUUUCUGGAUCCCAGGCAGCCUUCUCACAAUGUUAAAUCCGUCUGUUCCAAAGAACGAGGCAGUGGUAUUCGAUCGGUGAGCUUCUACGAGCACAUCAUCACAGUGGGAACAGGGCAAGGUUCCUUAUUGUUUUAUGAUAUCAGAGCCCAGAGGUUCCUGGAUGAAAAGCCCCCACGUGCCUGCCAUGGACAGAAGCAGAAAUUAGGAGGAAGUGAAAUUUUGAAGUUGACUACUGGGAAAGGCUGGCUGAAUCAUGAUGAAACCUGGAGGAAUUAUUUUUCUGACAUAAAUUUCUUCCCAAAUGCUGUUUACACCCACUGCUACGACUCGUCUGGAACGAAACUCUUUGUGGCAGGAGGCCCCCUUCCAUCAGGACUUCAUGGGAAUUACGCUGGUCUCUGGAGCUAAUGAUAACUCUAUAAAUGCUGAUCUUUACACAGAUUUCCACUUUUCCUUUUUUUAAGAACAAAAUUGUGUGAUGCCAUUGAUUUCUCAUUUAAAUGCAGGUUAUUUUAUGGCAGUUUUCUGUUGGCCUCCAACAGUUUUGUACACCUUUUUGAACCAGUUUUUUUGCUUUAACCUCCUUGAUCCUUUAUGUGAAGGGUUUUUGAAAUCCCUUUUUAUUGUAUUUACUCUAAAUGACUCUUCCCCAUGUUUAGGCUGUCUUGGCCAUGUGCCCCCUCCCCUACUUUGCUGUGAGGUAGGAUUCCUUUCUUAUAGAGUGGUUGCUCCUGGGCUUUCUGUGAAAGUCUAGGGGCUGCGUGUGUGCAGGUACUUUGUGUCAGUUACAUUACCUGGAGUGAGGACUACUUGUAAUUAAAAAAUUUUAAAAAAAUAUUUAUAAGAGAUAAGCUACUACUUUAUCUGCAGAGCCUGGCCCUGGCCUGGGUUGAUCUUAUUUUUUAAAAGUACAAGUCUAAUGACGCUGUUUAUACAUAGAGGAACACGGAAAUGUUAAGCUGUACUCAUUGGAGCCCAGGGAUGGAUUACCCAGGGGUAUGGCCCAUCAAGUUCAAACUGCAGAACUACAAGAGUUAUCAAAAGUGUAUUUCUAUUUGAAUUGUAGUUUUCAGCUGUGCCAGGAGCAAAAAUUGAUCUACUGUUUCUUCUCUGCCUGUCCCAGGUAUUAGCUUGCACAACUGGAGUUUGCAUAGGCUGCAGCAUGGUCAUUGCAGGGUGACAUUACAUGGAAGUCCUGCAGAGGUGCUGACAGGAAAUGGGGGGGUAGGGAUGUGAAUGUUCUUUGUAAUUCAGAAUGAACUACAUCUGUCCAUUUUCCAGAUGAGCCCAGGUUCCUGAGUAUGCUGCUGUGGUAGCUCAUGGGUUCUUCAUAAACUGUCUAAAACCCAGGACCCUUUUGUCACAGGUUGUGGAAACUUUUCCCAUUUUAGCUGUUCUGAUUAGACAUCUCCUCUAAUAAGCCAAUGGAAUAAAUAAACUUUUUUUCUCCAAGGUUGAAGAGUGCAUCUUGGACUUGUUUAAUACUCGCUGUUAGCUCACAUUGCGCUAGCAUCUGCUGUCAUCCUGCUUGCUAUAGGAGAUGGUCAGUCUUUCCCCAAAUACCCUGCUGCCUUCUCCAUUUAAACUCCCUCAAACUUCAUGUGGGACUGGGUGGGGAGCAUAGGUCCAAUGCUCUUCAGGUCCAUUCAUGAAGCGUGUGUAUUCCAGGGUGAUGGCCUUACCUAAUACUCAGCUAAAAUGCAGGACUCCAGGGUGCUGCUCUUAGUCUUUUGACAAGCACCAAACUCAGCUUGUUACUGACGCCUCUGUCCUCUGCUGGGAUGAAUGCCUUUCCUCUGUCACUGGUGGAGCAGAGCAUGCCUGUACCUCACUGCUUUGGUGCCAAAUGGGCAGUUGGCUGAAGCUGAGAAGGAAGGCAAGGCUGGGACAUGCUCUGUUCUUCUGUGUCUGCUGGAGAUCAAAGCCACCACUGCAGAGUAGCUCUAGUCCCUGCCAGACUGCCUAGAGCCAGUCUGCAUGUGUCCUUUCAGUCCCUCUCGUCUUUGGACUCAGUACCUUGAUCAAUAAUGCCAAGCAGCGAGGCUCAGGCUUGGUUUCCAGUUGGUACUGGAGACUUGGAUGGAAAUCCUGCAAGGAAUGCAGUUCCCUCCCAUCUGAGUGGAAAUCCUGGCAAGAGAAGAGCUCCCCUAGGUGUUCACCUGUUGCAGAAGUAUAAUUUACUCACACUGAGCACUGACACGGAUGCUUCACAAACAGUUCUUGUAGCAUUUCAUUAUUCUAAUUCCCUUGCGGGUUGGUUGCUUAAACUGAAUCAGUUCACUGUUGUGGGUGUGGCUAUUCAGGCUUUUCUCUGAAAAGGGGCAAAUUAUGUACCAUGGGGUAACAAAGGAGCCCUCAAAUUUAGAGUUGUUCAUUGUUUUUUAAUGAUGUUGUAAAGGUGCCUGUGUUGUUAUGUGUUGGCAACAUGCUGCUUUGGUUAUUUUAGGAGUUUUGAAAAAUGGAAGUAUACAGAGAAAAAUAAAUCUCAGUGAAGUACGGCAGGAUGUGUAUUUCUAGGAUUACUCCUCCAGCUACUGUGUAAGAUCACUCUGUCACAGGAAACAUGCUCUGCUUAGAUUUUUUUUAUUUGGGCUUGGUUUGAGGUGCUGUGCUUUUUUUUUUUUUUAGAAGAAACUAGACACUUUAGUCUACUUGAGUGCCCUCCAAUUCUGCUGAAACAAGUUACAAGUUAGGUACUUAGUGUCACCAGUGCCAAAGGAAAACUCCUGGUCUGGAAAUCCCAGCCGUGAUGUUGAUCUAUUAAUUGAAGCAUAUCCCAGGUCUGGGUGAAGGGGCAAAAAGGGUGUUUGUAUGGACCAAGCUUCAGCCUUCAAACAUAGAGGCUGAUAUUUCUGCAGUCUCUAGGAUACUGAAGAGGUCACCUUGGCACCCCUUGAAAGUGCCCCUCUCCACUGGCUGUGAUCCCCCUGAGUACCUCAGUGUGUGAUCCUAAAGCCUGGAGUGUGAGCGUCCAUUUUCUCCCUUUUUUUUUUUUUUUUGCAUAGGAAGCUUUAGACAAUUCUCAGAAGAUGAUGUAAAAUUCUUCAAGUCUCGCAUGCUUCUGUGUAUUCUGCUUUCAGGGUGCUUUCUUGCAAAGAUAACUUCUCAUGGGGAGGGAGCCAUCCUUGUUGCUGUACGAAAAGCCCUCAGAAAAACUGGAAGUAGUGCUGCAAGCAUGCAAACAAAUUGCACCAUAGAGAACUUAACUUCUAGCCUGUUUCAGUGGUUUUACAGACGUUAAGCUUCAGAAUAUUUUGUAGCUGGUCAUAUGUCACUUUUGGUUCAGUCAGUGUUAGAAAUUGAGGCAAAGAAAGAUGAUGAUAUGCCAACUGUCCAAAGAUAGGUGAUAGGAGAAAAAGCUAGGUUUUCUUGAUUUAAUUUUCUUGCCCUACUGGGUGAGAUACUGGAACCGAAGUCCCAGAUCACAGUGAGAAAAGCAGGGAUUUCCCAUCAAAGUGCAGGAAUGGCGGUAUAGCAGGGAAUCUCCGGGCUCCACGUGGAGGUGAGUUGGGUGCACCCUGUUGUUCAAAUGGCAGAUACACCCCUGUGAUGGAUGGAGUUCAGUCUGAUGAGUGUACGUCAGUACUGUCUCAAAUGGCUCACUGUGCUCUGCUGAGACCCAGUGGCAUUUACGUUUUCAGGCUGUCUUUUCCAAUGUUUCUUAACGAUUUCCCUCCCUUGCCCUUUCCUGCCCUCCUGAGUGAUCUGUUAGGGGUUGCCUCCUCUACCACAAAUCAUCCCGGACUUUACUAUAGCAAUAUUGUACUUGCAGAGGUGACCUCUGUCGAGCAGAAAUGAGCUUGCUGGCAUUUUCUCAAGCCACGCUGGAGACCUUCAAUUUGCUUUAUUUUAAACUUGGUGGACCUUCGAGGCUGGCUCAGACUGUAGAAAUGGGCGGUUGUGCCUUUGUACAUGUUUGGGAUUACACAGUAACAGUCUAUUCCUGCAAGGGGGACAGGCUCUGGUUUAUCUUGCAUUAGGCACAUGAAGGAGAGAAAAGAACUUUUAUCAUGACAGACCUUCAGACUUUUCUUCCUGCUAUUGACUCUUCAGUCAUGUGGGAUCUUUUGUGCUGCUGGUGGGUAUAGAAAGCAGUUAAUUUUGCCGCUCAGCUCUUUUCAGUAGACUACCAUGUUAAUUUGGGUAUCUUUGGAUUUUACAUUUUCAGUAUUCAUAAUCACAUGUAAUCAAACUAGUGACUUAAUUUGUAAUUUGGUUUGGUAAUACCCUGCUUGUAAGUACUGGGUAGCAACCUCUCAGUAACAAUGGGGUGUUAUGUGAUGGGCAUUCCUAAGGAAGCAGGAGCUACUUUGCAGUGUUGGCUUGAGCAUAGCAUUGAGGGUGGUGCUCACCCUCUUCACCAAACACCUUGUCCCUGGUAUUUCCCCCAGUUUUCUCCCUUGUACAGUCAAGUCACCCAGGGGAAAAUUGCUAGGGCUCUCCUUGGGUGCUUUCUGGGAUUGCAGUAAAGAAGUGAGUCCAUUUGUUUGGUUCCCUCAUCAGUGCUGCUGAUGUUAGUCCAAGGUCAGUAAAUUGCCAAAGAAUAGUUAAUUAGGUGUUUGUUCCUAGUCUUAGUUGUUCAUUUUCCACAUAGAUCCACUUUUAACCACUUUUAAGAUUCAUUGCAGGAGCGCCCAGUGAUCUUACUGGACUUUGUCCCCAAAGGUUACAUUGACAUUGUGGGUGACUCUUGUGACUUCCUUAAUGAGGGGGAGUCCUGAACUUUGUUAUGAGGAUUUAUUUGCUGCCUCCAUUUCAAGUCUUUGGCAGCUUUUUGUAUCUUAAGGAUCAAGACACUUAGGUAUCAGUUAUUCUUCUCCAGAAUUUCAUCUUCUUCCUUCACAUGAGUACUUGCUUUGUAUAUAGCUUGCUGCUGCACAAUUAACAGAUUAAAGUUAUGAUUCAGC